GAGAAGUCUUAAUGACUGGAAAGUGUUCAUUUUCGAGGGGUACUCGUGUCGCGAAGACAAUUCACCACUGACACAUUUUUCAACAAAAAUUAACAGGAAGGGGCUGAAUUAUGUAAAUUUAACAGCAAGGCAUGACGAUGACCCUACGUACAGCUGUACAAUGCCGAAGAAGCAACGAAGCUGUUGCGUUGUAGGAUGCGUAGUGGAAAAGGGUCAUGCGUUAUACGCCUUUCCUCGACGCGGAGAGGCUAGAAAUAGUUGGGCCCUGGCUUGCAACGUGCAACCAGCCGAUACUGACAGGCUAUAUGUUUGUAAGCGUCACUUUAGUCCAGAGCAAGUAACUCGUUAUAAAGUUUUAGAUGGGGCUGUUCCAUCUUUAAGAUUAGAGCCAGUUACUAGAAGUCGCUCACCUAGUACUGGCUCUGAUUGGGUUUGCCCGCCCGUUACUAAAGUGUACGUAAAUCGUACAGUAGGUGUAGGUGUAGCAAAUGAUCUCACGUUAGAAGAAUUCGAAAAAUAUUCUAUGCUAGAGGAAACAAGGCAGGUACCCAAAAACAAAAACAUCUGUGAGGACUUAGAAAUCACAAGCAGUAGCGAACGAUUUGCUCAGGCUGCUCGUUAUUAUCGGAGCAAUGAAAUAAAAUUAAAAAAAAGAAUUCAAGAGUUAGAAGCAGAAAAUGAGAAGCUACUGCAAAAAUAUAAAUAUUUGUGUACUCGUGCAGUUCUUGCGGAAGAAAAUUCAAGCAGUGAUGCUGUAACUUUCGCAAGAAUGAUCGUCAGUGGCCAAAAAAAUCGUUAUAGCGAGGAGGAAAAGACAUUGGCCCAAAACAUUAAUUAUAUGUCCUCCAAAGCAUAUACGUUUAUGCGUGACGAUCUAGGUUUUGCUUUGCCCCAUAAAUCAUCCCUUUCGCGUUGGCGCCCCAUCAAAUAUGUUGUUCCGGGGUUCGAUGCCAAUGUCUGCAAUAAUUUAGAAAAAAUUGUUUCAAAUAUGUCCGACACCGAACGCAUAAGCGUUCUAUUAUUCGAUGAAAUUAUCAUCAGGUCGGACUUGAGCUAUAAUAAAGCUAGAGAUGUUAUCGAUGGGGAUUUCUGA